UCUACGCGUACGUACAUACACCACCCGCGGUUAUGACUGAAUGUUGUGGAGCCCACUUCAAAGACCAAAUGUUUCGGAAGAAAUCAUUCAUGAUCUAGAAGACGCUGGUGUUUUUCUUGGGCAGUGAAAAGGAGGAGAUAUUAUCGAGGAACUAUUCACACGGCUUUGUAGUUUUUUUCGACCGUGAUUUUCGCCCGAUUUGCCGUCAGAAUGGGAGGGAUGGCGAGUUGGUGGUGCUUUACUGGAAUACUGUUUUUCGCCGUGCCGAGUGGUGUUGUUGAAGCGAAAUUCCGACGCAGCGAUAUCGAGAGUGAAUCCUGGUCGGAGUUCCCUGUCCAUUUCUCGCCCUUGAAGGACCAGUCCGUCCUCCUCUCCAAACUAUCCUGGAAUUCCAGCAGUGUGUUCCCGCCCAGGGCGAAGCUCGGCCAGGGCGGACUCUAUGCCGACCAGAUGGUGGGCAUCCUGGGUUCCCACUCCGGGGCAGUGAGGGCAACGUUUGGCCCAUUCUCCGUGGAGGACAGCUUAGAGAGAGAGCGAAACAAUUCCAACUUGUUGGACUUUGACGUCAAGGCCGAAGUCGCGACUCGUUUUGUCUCGCCGCACAACUCACGGAUUCAAAUCUUAUUUCUGCUCAGAGCAAAACAUUCGGGUAUCAAAACAAUGCCUUGUCUGAGAGCUAGAGCCCACUUCAGUGGAGCUGAAGUGGUGGCGGCUUGUACCCCAUCGUCGACGUCUUCAUCUUGCCUGGCCCAGAUAACGAUCCCGCCCGAUUGGUGGCAGGCGAGGGAAUCGACGAGCAUCCAGACGCUUCAAGUCUCAUACUCGGUACAUAUGCCCCCGAAUAGUGAUUGCCUGAUGGGAACCAGUGACCUGCUGGUCCCCGAGCGUAGUUUAGGCGAUGUCCAGUUCCAGCAACGACAAGAAGCUUUAAAGACCAUCAAGGAAGAUGAAUUUAUCUGGCUGCACAUCCCUAAAAUGGACGUCGCUGUUCAAGAACGAUUUCAGAUUGCUGUAUCCAUUCAUCAAAACUUCACCGCUGCCGGCUGCCUCAUAAGGGCUAAAGCAAGGCGCGGACUACGCGUAGUGGACGUCCAUCCGGCCAAUCAGAAUGUUUGGAAUGUCCUGUACAAGGUGAAACAAGGUGGCGCGUCUGCCAUGGUGACCAUAGAGCGGAGUACGACCACAGCGACCCCACCAACUGAACACGGAUUGUCUGUGGACAUGACGGCAUUCACUGUAGAGUUUGAAGUGGAGAAUACAACGUCCAGUACUCGUCUGGUCAACUGGCGGAUCGACUCCACCAACGUCGUGACGACGAUACCCGUCGCUUCUCAGUCCAGCCAGGCUCUCAUUCCUAUCACCUGGGCGGAUGAUAUUGUCAACACAGCCGUCCUGAACGGGCAGAGGGUCUCGGUUCCCAUUAGCGUCAUCACGGUUACACGCUCGGGCCAGGUGCACAACAUAACGGCGUCGGCUCAGUGUACCAGCUUGGAUCCUGAGAUACUCAAGGUGAAACAAGACUGCAGCGCCGUCUACGUCGACGGAAGUGAAACGAGCGGCGCACUUGGCAAGAAAAUCCUGGUGUCGUUUGCUGGGAGAGAGGUGUAUAGAGAGUUCAAUGUCUGGUACCCUGAACUACCCUUAGAGGUUGUACUGUCUGACCCCAAACUGAGCCAGAUCAGAGGAUGGAAGAUACCAGUGCCAAAGGAGAGGUCAAGACGAGACUCUCAGCAAGCCCUUAGUUUGGGGGCGGAGACUCUGGGCCUACUUGGGAGGGGUGAUCUAGAGAUCGACAAUGGGAGGGAUCACAUGACCAAGGGCAAAUGCCAGCUGAGGCAUCAACAGUCCAAAGUGAAUAUCUAUACAAGGUUUUACGCUCCGCAAGCCAAUACAGUUCCACGUGUGACAGGCCGCAGACAGUAUCUUUAUGGAGAUGAUAUCCGCCACCAUGUCACCCAUCACACCAAGAGCCAACUCCGAGCCCUUGACCCCUCAGUCGUCCUUGUUGAGGGGACCAGGGUCACUGGUCUUACCACCGGAGAUACACUUAUCCAGGUUGUCAGUCCAGAUGGCCAAAAGAUUCUCGGCGAAUCAAACAUCACCGUGUCGGCCAACAAGGCGGAGGUGAUCGAGCUCCAUGUUAGUCUGGUAUCCGGGCUGACCUUGGAGGCAGUACCGCUUGGUCCAGAGGAUGGUGGGAGAGACAGGAGCUUGACCAGGGUCACAUCUCGCAGGGUGCUGUUUGCUCAGUUCCAGGAAGCCAUCAUGGAUGCAAGGCUGGAAUUUGACGACGGCACUGAAGUCGCCCUUCAGGACAUCAACCCAAAGGACUUUGAGGCAGUCAUCACCACCCUCAACCCAGAGAUAGUUGCUGAGAGCCCGGGCUCUACCCCUCACCACCCUGCUGUAAUCGCCGUCAAAGAGGGCUCUACGACUCUCAUGUUGGAGGUAGCACUCCCUCUGGAGUGUCAGCGCCGUAAACGCAACAGCGCCAUCUCAUUUGACGUCAUCCCGGUCAAUGUGUCCUUCGCCGAGAAACCUGAACCGUGGUGGCCGAACGGCAUGGACGAAGUAGGGAUGGAUGACAGUAGGGAUGGACUCAUCGGGAGGAUCGGUUUGACCCCCGAAGUGGGGGCGGUGGACUAUGGAGUGGUGCGUGGCGACUACGACCCUGAGAGGAAGAAGCCACAUCACCGUGGCGGCGGCAAUAACAAACCAGAGGGUGGUAUUAUCUCCAUCCCCAUCGAUAUUCCCAUCGGUGACAUGUUCCCGAAGAACCCCGCCGUUGACUAUGGCGCCUACGAUGAAGACCUUGACAACGACGCCAACAACCAUUUGACAUACUCACAGGAAUCUCUGAGUCCUCUGGAGAUUGGAAUGUACAUCGUUUUGGGAAUCUUCUGCAUUGCCAUCUUAGCUUUCAUGGUCAACUGUGUCCUCUUCAUGGCCCGGUACCGUAACUCCAAGAAGGUACCCGCUCCCAUGGGUAACACCUACCCCCAGAACUGGGUGCUCUUCGGGACGGAGUUUGACGGGCGGACCUUGCCGCAUCCUCACUUUACCGAGGAGAGAAUCCCCAUGAGGGAUUUCCGCGAUGAGAGUAAUCAUGAUGACUGCUGUAGCCGCGGUGAGCACACUUGCACCGAAAGUGAAGUCAGCAUCGAGAGACACAGCAUCGAAGACGAGCAAGAUGGAGGUUGCCAAGAGGAUGCGGGGAGGAGCGUUGCCAUGGUGAGGAGCGACAACAAUGAGGAGGGACCCCAUUGUCACCACGCCUGUAGUGGCGAGUCGGAGGAAUCUGUGUCAUGUGUCAUUGCCGAGGGUCACGAGACCAGUGAGUUUCUUCCGUGCCAAUGCGAGUGUCAUUUUGAUGAGAACGUCCAGAACAGCUCGUCAGAAAUUGAUAUUGAAUUGGUGGAGGAGUCAGAGUGUACAGAAAGGACACCCUUGAAGCACCAAUCAGAGCCAAGCAAUAUCCCCACCGCAGGGGCAUGCUGUGACAUUACCGGUGACACUCACAGUGACACACACCCCGACACACCAAGUGAUACACACUCGAACUCUGAAUUGAGAGUAACAAUUACUACCGGCGAGUUGGAAUCGCCGACGGGUAGUACGAAAUCUCAAGACGAUGUCGAUCUGGAGAUCGUUUUAGAUCAAGCAGAUGAGGAGCAGAUCUCAUGCUGAUGUUCAGAUGCUUCUUAAGAUUAUACAAUUAUUAUUAUUAUUAAUUUUUUCAAUUAUGUGCACCAGAAGAAUAUUUUCCAGCACAACUUUUUUCAAAAGGUGUACGUUUUUAACUAUUUAGGGGUAAACUAUCGGGUCCAUAGUGAAAAUGACCACCACAAAAUAAUUUAAGAAAUAUUUUUAGUUAUUCAUCACCAUUCACUUUUCAAUUUACAAGGGAAAUGUUCUUGUGAAGUAUUUUGAAUCGCAGGCAAUGCAAUUUUAAUCCCAAAUACCACCUAUUUUGUUAAAAUUUAGAAGGGGAAAACUUUGACCUCUAUUUAUAUUUGCUUUAUUCUGUCCAGGAUAAAUUAUUCUUCCCCAACAAUAAUGCAAGUUUUAAACACAAUUUGUUUCUGUUAAAGAAAUGAUAUAUGUCAAGCACUGUGUGGAAGCAGUAUUAAAAAAUAGUCUGUAUUUAUUGUAUAAAGGUAAAACAAAAACAAAACGAUGUAAAAAGUGUAAUAAAGUAUACAAAGAAACCAUAUAUUAUGAGAAUUUAACCAAUUUAAUCGAGGAAGGACACAAGAACAAUUUGUAUAUUUUUAAGCAUCAAUUUUAUCGUGUAAAUUGUAAUUUAUAAGUGGAAAGACUUAGUAAGGUAUUUUUCGGCUGGAGAAGAGAUUUGUCUUUACUUUAUUAAUAAUUAUUUGUUAUUGUUUUAAACGGUGCUACAAAAUAGUGUCUCCAAAAGUAAUAGUUUCAAAUAAGAGAUAUUAUUUCCGGUUAAUGAAAACAUCUUUCGCAGAUUAGUGGAAUGAAUCCCCCAUCACCCAUUUCUGAGAAAACAAAUUUCGCUCCAUUUCCUAAACAAAGCUGUACCAUCCUUUUCAUUGAGAUGUUUCAUUCGUGCUAUUGUUUUAUUCUUCUUUCACAUCUUCCAUGAUGAUUGACCUUUUCAUUGUCGAUAAACAAACCGCACUGGUUGGCGAGGAUGGCCGAAUGUUAGUAAAACACUCAAUCGUG